UUGAUUUCCUCUUUUGGGGUUUAAAGAAUGAGUCAGAAUAUGUUACUACUACUAAUUAAUCCCCUCCUUUUUAAAUUGAAUUCUUCUGGAAAAACUCUUGAAUUGGUUUCUGUGACUUUGGUCUUUGGUUAAUUCUUUUGAAUUAUUAUAUUUUAUAUAUAUACUUCAUUUGUUUGCAGGAGCUGAGCUUUUGAGCUACUUUUACUAAAAUGGCAAGUUCUGGGAAAGAAGAUCAAGAUCAAAGGAAAAUCAAUGGCAUGGAAGAUUCUAAAACAACAAUUGAAUUUCUCCGGGCGAGAUUAUUGGCUGAAAGAUCUGUAUCACGAACAUUAAGGCAGAGAGCUGAUGAACUGUCACAUAGGGUCUCAGAGCUCGAAGAGCAGUUAAAGGCCGUGUCUGUACAAAGAAAGAAAGCUGAGAAGGCCACAGCAGCUGUUCUGUCCAUAUUAGAGAACCAUGGAAUAAAUGAUGCUUCAGAGGAAUUCAGUUCAGGCUCUGAUCAGGAAACAAGCUUAUCCGACUCAAAAGAUGCUGAAAAUAAAAGAGAGGGAAGGGAAAUUUCGUCAAGUGUGAAAGAGAAAGAAGAUGAUGCGGACACAUUCUCAUGUUCCGAGAUUACAUCUUCUCCAUCAACUGCCAGAAGUUUGUCGUGGAAAAGUGACAAAGGUUCUUCGCAUUAUUUGGAUAGGAGGAAAUACACCAGUUCUAAUAGGAGGAGAUGUAACUUUGCAUCGUCAACUGGCAUCUCUUCUUCAAAACGGGUUGGUAAAUCAUGCCGACGGAUAAGGCGCAGGGAUACCAGAUCAGCUAGUGAUGAGUUACAAAAUAGUUCUGCUGAAUGUGCCUCUGAGGCUCGCCCAAGUUCUGCUAACAAUGGGCCUCAAUCAUUGACGGACGGCGCUGGUAACAGUGAUGCAAAUGAUCAAGUGCAAGUGACUGCAUCAGGUGUGUCAAUAAAUGGAAGAUUAGCAGAUAAGAGUGAUAAAGACAUGCAAAGAGCUUUAAAUCAGCAAACGCAACUUAUAGGGCAAUAUGAAGCUGAGGAGAAAGCCCAGAGAGAAUGGGAAGAGAAGUACAGAGAUAGUAACAGCUAUACACCGGAUUCGUGUGAUUCUGGUGAAUUACUUGGAUGUGACUGAAGAAAGAGAUAACUUGAAAGCAUCUCAGGAACCAUGCUUAGUUGGAAG